GAUCAACACAUCAGUUUGAAGUUUUUCCCCAGCACACCUAUAUUAUAUUAAAUAGCACUCGCAAUGGAACGAAGCACUGUUACCGCCAAGAACACAGUCCGCAGGACUUCCAGGACAACGCGUCGAAAACGUGCUGUUCAAGGACGGUCCUCCGCCGGCCAGCAGGAGGAAAUAGAAGAAGAGACGACAGGAGAGAACCAAGAAGGAGCAGAGGCCACAAAACAAAAAAUACAGCAAAGGGUAUUUCUCUACAUCCAGUUGAACGAACUGACCAAGUUACCGGAAACAGGGUAUCCGCUGGAACUGCAUUUGUAUCACUCCAAACAUACACUGCAAAAAAUGCAGGAAAAAUACACCACAGAGACAAUUAUUUAUCAGCACGAAUUCAAUCUCCAGAAGCCUGUCUUUGCCAUGGGUGUACUGCAGGACGAUAUCGAGGACAUGAAUAUCUUUAGCGAUAGUCCGCUAGUGAUUAGUUUGUACCAAAAGAUUCCGGCUCAUCGCAAAGGAGAUUCUGAGACCAUGAAGUCGCGAAGUGGCACAGAAACUUCGGAGGCCAACGAAGCUACUGGCCCAAAGAAGACUAGGAGGUCAAGGACUAGCAAGAAAUCAUCCGACUCCGUUCUAGGAGACAUACUAGAGGGCGACAUGGAAGAGGACUACGGUUGGGUGCCCGAACGCUUGGAGCUCCUGUCCCGAGGACACUGCGAUUUGUUGCAACUUUUUCAGCGUCGCCGAUUCAUCAGCGACGUCACUGUCCUCUUGUAUCCAGAGUAUGACAGUCUAUUGCAGGCCAGGGGCAAUCAGAAGAUCACAUCUUGCAGUAUAUGGCACAUGUACUCGAUCCUGCCCAUCCUCAAGGAGUUUAACUUUACCAAUUUGGCCUUUUUGACGCUGGAAUCGAUCUACAAUGUUCCGGAGGAGCUGCACCACAAAUCUGCGGAACUGGGCAUACAACUGUCCUUUCGGUCUCGAUAUCCUGAGGGCGAGGAAGGAAUUUUUCCAGUCAUACCACUGUGCACAUACUUUGGCUUUCUGUCCCAGAUCAUUAGUGACCAGAACACGAGCAUCGUCUGGGAAAACAUUAAGCGGGAUCUGAACCCCAACACCAACUUCAGUUCCAACCAAAUGGAAACCAAUUCUCGCAUUAAGCUACCUCGUAUCUUCAGGAUGCUUCUGUGGGAAAAGGAUGUGAACUUUCGCCUGCAUCUCAUCGAUCCUGUAACGGAUUUGGCUUUGAUUAACAACUCCUUGCAUCGCUUUGUAAUAAACGAGGAUAUGCGAAAGAUUCUCGAGGAGGCGGUGGUUCACAACGAUUAUGAGUUGUUGGUGCAAUUUUAUCAAGAAGUCCCCGAAAAUGUUUUGUACGAAGGUGUGAUAAAUCCCAGUAUUUUUGGCUAUCCAGGAGUUAACUAUUGCCGUUUUGCGACACUUUUAAAACCCAUCCUGGAGAAUCCAGAAGAAGCGACAGAGUCUCCACGGACUACCUGGCAAAUAGGUCCUAUGUUCUGCACUCUUAAGAUUUGUUUCUUUCAACCGCUCUGCCAAAGGAAUGAACCCCUCGACAAGUUCAACGAAAGUCUUCUGAAAAGAGCCAAGCUACGUCGCUGUUUCGAUAUAGAGUUUCUAAAUGAAAACGAAGAGGAGGAAAAUCGCAAUGUUCUACUGGAACUGUAUAGAGCCUUUGAUGAGCUCAUCUCGGAUAUGAUCAGCUUUAUUAUAAAGCGAGAGGUGGAGAGUAUUGAUCAGAAACGUGAUUUCUUCUGUUGCCAGUUGGGAAAUCUCAGCAACUUGUUGCUAAAGAUCUGCGGUUGUGAUUUUAAUGUUCGGAUGCCCACAUCAACUAAUAUUGAAUUUAGAGAAAUGCUAACCCACAUGUAUCAAGAGCUUAUGGAACGUGUUGAGGGGAUUUUGAAUAACUGCUCCUGGCAAUGCUGCGAUAAUAAUCUAGAACAGGAAUAUGAUCAGCUAAAUCUAGUUCGCCUGAUGGAUGAAAUGCGAAUGGUGUCCCAAAUCGGUCUCCGGGACAUGGCCAUUCAGAUGUACGGGGAAAUUAAGAACCAAACCACCAGCCAAAUCAACUUUGACUAUGUAACUCUGCUCAACAGCGUCGAGAAUUUGCAGUUUGCUCAAGCAGCUAGAUAUUUUCAAAAGCCACGAUCGAGUGAAUGGAGUGGCGUAUAUUUUACCCAGUUGCUGCAGGUCUAUGUUGAUUACAUGAUGGAUCUACGAUCGACGGACGAGGAAGUCCAAGCCGUGUCUUACUCAAAUUUAUUGGAUAAUCUGCGACAAUUGGCCACCAAGAAUAGCUUGGAGGUUGAACCAUGGAUCUUGCUUUAUUGCUAUUAUAAGCUGAACAACUAUUUGCCCGGCAUGGAGUACACACGCUGGAAGUUCGAGAAUCUCUAUGAGAUUCCUGGAAAAAUUUUCUCAUUCACUCCGCGCUCUCUAUACGAAUUGUACAUGCCGGUGGAUUUUGCAAUGAGUAGCAGUAGCACGACCAUGAAUGUACACUUUUAUCCAGUUUUCAAACUAUUUGCAAGAUUGGGGGCUUAUGUAUUUGCCGAAACUGUCUUUGCGGAAAUAGAAACUUGUUUUUCACCUUCGGAGGUGUAUCUUAUAAGGACUACUCUGAAGAUAUUGCAAAGACAGAUCGAUGAGACCUUUACAAUUCUGAAUAUUCCCACAACCAAUGCUGUGACGGCCCCCUUAAUGCGCUGCUAUCAACUUCACAUUAAUGGCAAUGUGGAAUAUGCCAGGGGGCGUUGUGAUGAGGCCCUUCAAUAUUUUCAGCAGCUUCUGGCCAUAACCGAGGCAGAUGAUAGGUUACUCUUUAAGCUGAGUUUUAUGAGGCUGGGACAGUUGGCCUUUGAGAGGGGCAACUAUGAGUUGGCCAAUGAGGCCUUUGAUAUUUGUGUACCGUCUAACAGAAAACAUAGAAGUUUUAUUGCAAACUAUAGCAAAGGAUUAACACUUUAUCAUCUAAAUCGCCUGCAAGACUCGAUUUCAUAUUUGUCCCGCUGCACUGAAAUGGAGAUUUUUGUUCCCGAUGUCUGGGGUUACUUGGCGACCAUCAACCUGAAAUUGCAAUUAAACAAAAGAGCUUUGGAUUGCUGGAAAAUGGCCAAAAUGUACCCGGAAUUGUUUAUUAGCAAAAGCGUGUAUGCCGAGCUGGAUAAAAUCAAAUAUUCUGAUGUCCAUUUACUGGUUGAUAACGAUGGCAAUCCCGCUGAGAAGCCAACGCAAAUUAGCACCAUGUGCCUUUAAAAGACUUGGCUUAGAAAGUUUGUAAAUCUCGGAGAGAAUGUUAAUUGUUCUUUGGCAGGUAAAGACGUCCUAAAUAAACAAGCUCGGAGUCACGCCUUUC